GUAGCCCCUCUGGACAUGCCUCUCCUGGAAGAUACCGUCGGGGUGGAGGACCUCAUCCUCUUGGAACCCCUGGAUCAGGAGUCUAUGCUCAAGAAUCUUCAGCUUCGCUUUGAAAACAAAGAGAUUUAUACCUACAUUGGGAAUGUGGUGGUCUCAGUGAAUCCCUACCAACAGCUGUCCAUCUAUGGCCCAGAGUUCAUUGCCAAAUACCGAGACUACACCUUCUAUGAGCUGAAGCCCCACAUCUAUGCAUUGGCCAAUGUGGCAUACCAGUCACUGAAGGACCGGGACCGAGACCAGUGUAUUCUCAUCACAGGCGAGAGUGGAGCUGGCAAGACUGAGGCUAGUAAGCUGGUGAUGUCUUAUGUGGCGGCCGUCUGUGGAAAAGGGGAACAGGUGAAUUCUGUGAAGGAGCAGCUACUGCAGUCAAAUCCAGUGCUGGAGGCUUUUGGCAAUGCCAAGACUAUACGCAACAACAACUCCUCCCGAUUUGGAAAAUAUAUGGAUAUUGAGUUUGACUUCAAAGGAUCUCCCCUUGGUGGCGUCAUCACAAACUAUCUGCUUGAGAAGUCUCGAGUGGUGAAGCAGCUUAAAGGAGAAAGAAACUUUCACAUUUUCUAUCAACUGCUAGCUGGGGCAGAUGCACAGCUGCUCAGGGCCCUGAAACUCGAUAGGGAAACAAGCCACUAUAGCUAUCUCAACCAAGAGGUGUCCAGAGUGGAUGGCAUGGAUGAUGUCUCCAACUUUAAAGCUGUACAGAAUGCAAUGACAGUGAUUGGGUUCUCGGAGGAGGAGAUUCGACAGGUGCUAGAGGUGACGGCCCUGGUGCUGAAGCUGGGAAACGUGGAGCUGGCCGAUGAGUUCCAGGCCAAUGGAACCCCAGCAAGUGGCAUCCGUGAUGGGCAAGGUGUUCAGGAGAUUGGAGAGUUGGUAGGUUUAAAUUCAGAAGAACUAGAGAGAGCUUUGUGUUCAAGGACAAGGGAAACGGCUAAAGAAAAGGUGGUCACUGCAUUGAGUGUUAUCCAGGCACAGUACGCUCUGGAUGCUCUGGCCAAGAACAUCUACAGCCGCCUUUUCAACUGGAUAGUGAAUCGAAUCAACGAAAGCAUCAAGGUGGGCACUGGCGAGAAGAAGAAGGUAAUGGGGGUCCUGGAUAUCUACGGCUUUGAGAUACUCCAGGAUAAUAGCUUUGAGCAAUUUGUGAUCAACUAUUGCAAUGAGAAGCUGCAGCAGGUGUUCAUAGAAUUAACCCUGAAAGAGGAGCAGGAGGAAUACAAGAGAGAGGGCAUACCGUGGACAAAGGUGGACUACUUCGAUAAUAGCAUCAUCUGCAACCUCAUUGAACAUAAUCAGCGUGGCAUCUUGGCCAUGCUGGAUGAGGAGUGCCUGCGGCCUGGGGUGGUCAGUGACUCCACCUUCCUCGCGAAGCUGAACCAGCUCUUCUCCAAGCAUGAACACUAUGAGAGCAAAGUCACCCAGAAUGCCCAGCACCAGUAUGACCACACCAUGGGUCUCAGCUGCUUCCGCAUCUGUCACUAUGCGGGCAAGGUGACGUACAAUGUGACCAGCUUCAUUGACAAAAAUAACGACUUACUCUUCCGGGACCUGUCCCAGGCCAUGUGGAAGGCCAAGCAUCCCCUCCUUCGAUCCUUGUUCCCUGAGGGUGAUCCCAAGCAAGCAUCCCUCAAACGUCCUCCAACUGCUGGGUCUCAGUUCAAGGGCUCUGUGAGCACACUGAUGAAGAACCUGUAUGCCAAGAACCCUAACUACAUCAGGUGCAUUAAACCCAAUGAUCAGCAGCAGCGUGGCCUGUUCUCGUCAGAGCUGGUAGCUACCCAAGCUCGGUACCUGGGGUUGUUGGAGAACAUAAGAGUGCGACGGGCAGGCUAUGCUCACCGCCAGCGGUACGGGACCUUCCUGGAAAGAUACCGGAUGCUGAGCCGGAGCACCUGGCCUCGCUGGACCCAGGGAGAGCAGGAGGGAGUCAAGAAGAUCAUGGAGGAGAUGAAUGUGGCCUCGGGAGAACUGGCCUAUGGGAAGACAAAGAUCUUCAUUCGGAGCCCCAAGACUCUUUUCUACCUGGAAGAGCAGCGGCGCCUUAAAAUCCAGCAACUGGCCACACUUAUCCAGAAGAUGUACCGAGGCUGGCGCUGCCGCACCCACUACCAGCAGAUGCGCAAGAGUCAGAUCCUCAUCUCUGCCUGGUUUCGGGGCAACAUGCAAAAGAAGCUUUAUGGGAAGAUAAGGGCAUCAACACUGUUGAUCCAGGCAUUUGUGAGAGGGUGGAAGGCCCGCAAGAAUUAUCGAAAAUAUUUCCGGUCAGGGGCAGCCCUCACAGUGGCAAAUUUCAUCUACAAGAGCUUGGCACAAAAAUUCCUCCUGGGGCUGAAGAAUACUUUGCCAUCCCACAAGGUCUUGGAUAAAACAUGGCCAACUGCCCCUUACAAGUAUUUCAACACAGCUAAUCAGGAGCUACGUCAGCUCUUCCAUCAAUGGAAGUGCAAGAAGUUCCUGGAUCAGCUGUCUCCAAAGCAAGUAGAGGUCCUGAAGGAGAAGCUUUGUGCCAGUGAGCUGUUUAAAGGCAAGAAGGCAUCAUACCCCCAGAGUGUCCCCAUACAAUUUCGUGGUGACUACAUUGGGCUGCAAGGGAACCCCAAACUGCAGAAACUGAAGGGCGGAGAGGAAGGGCCUGUCCUGAUGGCGGAAAUUGUGAAGAAGGUCAAUCGCGGCAAUGGCAAGACCUCCUCUCGGAUUCUCCUCUUGACCAAGGGACAUGUGAUUCUCACAGACACCAAGAAAUCCCAGACCAAAACUGUCAUUGGGCUGGACAGUGUGACUGAGGUGUCAGUCACCAGCUUCAGGGAUGGACUCUUUAGCUUGCACCUGAGUGAGAUUUCAUCAGUGGGCUCCAAGGGAGAUUUCCUGCUAAUCAGUGAGCAUGUGAUUGAACUGCUGACCAAGAUGUACCGUGCUGUGCUGGAUGCCACACAGAGGCAGCUGCCAGUGACAGUGACUGAGAAGUUCUCAGUGAAGUUCAAGGAUGGCAGUAUGGCCGUCAAGGUCAUCCAAAACCCUGGAGGUGGUGGGGACGGCAAGCUAAGCUGCAAGAAGAAGGGGGGUCACAGCUUGGAGGUGACUGUCUAG